ACCCCUUUCUGUGGGGAGAUCACGAAUGUGCUCUCAUGUGGAGUGCCCCACAGCACAUGACAGAGCUUUGGGGGCUCCUGCUCCCAGGUGUCUGUGGGCCCAAAAAAAGGCUCUCAGGUCCAAGGGAACAAGCUGGGAGUGGUGGCUGUGCUGGCAGAGGCUGACAUGGCACUUCUUGGGGUGGCAGAGGAUGAUGGCAGUGGAGGGGACAGGCCAGGCUGCCACCAGGUGCGCUGAUGCUGGCCAGGCCCCUCUGCACAGGUUGUCCCCCAGGACCAUGCUGAACGUGCUGCUGCUGUGCUGUGGGCUGCUGCAGGGGAUCCAGGCUGUGCUGGAUCUCAGGACUGCUGACCUGAGCUGUGGCCACGUGCAGAAGGCGAGCGGCGGGCUGGAGCGGGUGGACAGAGCCCGCCAGGCCAGCCUGCAGCGCAAGGGCAAGGAGGCGUCUGCCGAGCCGGCAGGACCUCUCCCAAGGCUGGGGUUUGAGCAGAUGGCCCUGGGUGUCCAAGAAGCUGAUGGUGACCUUGUGCAGAGAGGCAGCCUGCUGGAACCACAGGCAUCAUCCACAGAGCUGCAAGCCGAGGGCCGUGAGGAGCGCUCCCCCCGCCGCUGUGUCCGCCUGCUGGAGUCCUGCCUGGGCCACCAGAUCCCCUGCUGCGACCCCUGUGCCACCUGCUACUGCCGCUUCUUCAACGCCUUUUGCUACUGCAGGAAAAUCAGCACCACCUUCCCCUGCGGCAAGAACUAG